AUGGCAACCGCGUACUAUAUAAUGAAAAUGUCUAAAAAUAGGAGUACAACAGACAUUCAUGAAUAUUACAGUAAUUUGUACAACGAUAUAAACUUGAAAACUUUACUCCGUAAAGAUAGUACUAUUUGUAGGGUUUGUAUGAAAGACGGCGCUUUAUCAAUAUACGGUUCUAGAAAAUUUGACGUAGUUGCGGCUUUGCGAAUAUUCGGUAAUAUAGAAGUUACUGAAGAAGACGAAUAUCCCAAAUACCUUUGUAAAAUAUGUUAUAAAUUUAUAAAAGACGCGACUUUAUUUAGAAAAAUAGCGGCACAAACUGAUAAGUUAUUAAAAACACCAAUUAAAGAAGAGGACACCGAUUUAUCUCUGGACUGUAAUGAUCUUGAAAAUACAGAAGACAUUUAUGAUAAAGAGCCUCUUAAAUCUUGUCCAAUAACUGUCAAGUCUAGAAAACAAUCUAAAAACUCCAAAGUUAAAGUAGCUUCGAAAGUUCAAUGCUAUGUGUGCAAUAAAGUUGUGAACAAAUCAUACUACAAAGAACAUUUAACUAUGCAUGAUCCAAAUCAUCAUAAAUAUGUCUGCGAUAUAUGUGGUAAAUCAUUUAGAUUACGAUGCGCAUAUCACAAUCACAGCUUACGUCAUGGAAAUGGCUUUCCAUAUAAAUGCCAGUUUUGUCCAUAUAAAGGGAAAUAUGCAGAGCUGCUUAAAACACACAUGAGGACUCAUACGGGAGAUUAUCGAUACAUGUGUACAAAAUGCCCUGCUAGGUUUCUAUUUAAGAGCAACUUAAACAGUCACAUAUUAAAUAAACACAAAGAAAGGGAACAUAAGUGUGACUCUUGUAAAAGAGCAUUUCACACCAAAUUGGCUCUUCAGAGACAUUUUGAAGUUGAUCAUCUAGGUAUUAAAACACAUGUUUGUAAUAUUUGUGGAAAUACUUUUGGAUACAGGAAUGCAAUGAUGAAGCAUCAGAGGCGAGUUCACAAAAGAGAAAAGAUGACAUUUUCUAGAAUGCCAUCAUACUUACAAGCUGAAAAUAAAAAUCCUAUAUCAAAUGUUUGAUUUACUUAUAAUAAUAUUGUUAUUCUCCUAAUUUGAUUUUACGUUUAAUUAGUGUGUCCUAGCACAUUUUCAGAUCUGAAUUAUGAAUUUUUCUCUGAGUCCAAAUUAAAUCUGACCCUCUUA